AUGUCGAACCCAAUUUCUCAUCAGCCCAUUAUAUCCCACCACGUUCACAGCGACAAUGAGCCUCUGCCCGGUGCCAGGGGCGCUGCUCCAGCUGUUGACUACACUCCCGACACCAUCGAGCAUGCCAGAUUGCCACCGUCAGAAGUGGGAAAUACACAAGAUUUUGCACCACAUCCACAGCCGCACCAGACUGCUCCUCAGUAUCAACAAGAUGACACGUCCAAAGGUCUUCCGGAGUUGCCAACGGAGCAUCAUGAGGCGGACCGAAGUGCCUCUGGGAAGAGCAAGCCGACGCUGGGGGAUAAGCUCGUCGGCAAGACACAAGAGAUUGCUGGGAAAGUAAUGCGUAAUGAAGGGUUGAAAGAAAAAGGGGAGCUAAAGAAGCAAGGAGACCUUAAUUGA